AUGGCGACAACACUUGACGGAGAGAGCAAAUCCGAAGAUGCUAGUUUGCCAGUUGAGGUAAUCCAACGUGUUGUGAAGAAGCAACGCACUACGAAUACUGUCGCGCAAGAUAAUGUGGCGAAAGUGAAAUCGCAACUAGACUGCAUAUGGAACGAUGCUCCAGAAAAUGCUCCAUUCGUUGAUAACGAUGGAGAUCCUGCAUGGGGACCAGUUGUGUUGUGCGAUAGAAUUACAUGGAAAGACUUCGACCAGUGGUUAGAUGUUUUUGAAGGAGAUGUGCGACGAUGGAUAUUUGAACAUGUACCUGGAGAUGAUGAGUGUGGAAGAGUGAUCAUUUACAGCCUUCCAUCCGAUCCGCAUGAGGCUACUGCUGGAAACAUUAUGCAAAGCAUCAUCGAAGAAAUUCAAACUGCAGGCAACAGCAUUGGCCUGAUUCGCUCUGUUCAAGUCAAAGCAUCGCCCAGAUGCCAAAUCGGCAGUCGACGUGGCAAAGAACCAGAUAUGUCUAUUUCUCCUGUCGGCUUGACUAUUGGAGGAAGAAUUAUGGAUAAUGGUAAAGGAUUUCCUUUCCCCAAUGUUGUCAUCGAGGUGGCGUAUAAGAAUGAAUCGUUGGAUUUACUUCGUGGAGGACUGGAUAAUUGGAUGCUGCCAGAGACAUCUGUACAAGUUGCGAUUGGCAUCAAAUUAUUCGUCCGAACACGACGGCAACGACGAUAUCGAGCAAUUUUAAGGGUACGGAAUUCACCUAGCCAAGAAGUGGAGUUUGGUAUUGAUGUCUGCGAAGGGUCCAUAUCUCUUGCCUUUCCAUUGAAACUGAUUUAUGAAGGCGUUCCGAUGCCUCCUGCUUUGGCCGGGCUUGAUAGCCCCGCAAUCACUAUCGAUUUGAUCGCAUUGCGCGAUUUCCUUAUUGAUUUACCUCUAUGA